AUUUCAGGUCAAGGUCGCUUUUUAGAAAUUUAGAAAAUUUUAGAUUUUAGACAAUAUCAGUUGUUUCAUGAAUAAGACAAUCAUGCAGCAUUCCAUGAUUGGGAAAGUUGUGAAUGGAUGAGGACAACUGGAAUAUUAGAUCCAAACCAUGGCUGGUCCAGGGAGAUGUCAUAUUCUUCUAUUGUCCCCAUUGAAGAGAGAAAGUGGCAAUUUCACCACAGCGGGAAGAAUAAGGUCACAUUUUGUCAAUGAUGAAUGGGUCUGCCACAUGAAAGAUGCACGCGAGUUCCAGUCUGCUGCAGAGUUGGCCAAUUACAUUGAAGUUAACAAUAUUGCAGCUGUCUUAGGCCUUCAUGCCUUACACUCAGGAAAGAUACUCUGUGAUCUCCAAUGUACCAUACCGUACAUUAUCAUACUAGGAGGGACAGAUGUAAAUGAACAUUGUAAAGAUCAACAAUCUAGCAAUAUAAUGGCUCAAGCACUUAGAGGUGCAUCUCAUAUAGUGUCAUUCUGCAGUCCUAUGACUGAGCAGUUAUUGUAUGUCUGGCCAGAGCUUGAGGUCAACAGACAGAAAAUAUUGAAAAUUCCACAAGCUGUAGUCACCGAACCGUCCACGUUUUCAAUCCAUGACUAUUUACACAAGCAUUGCGGUGUCGGGGCAAUAGAGACUGUGGGGAGUAGAGCAGCUGCCCAAGUGUGUAGGGAUAAAGUAAAGAUAGUUACACUUGUAGCUGGUAUACGACCUGUCAAGGAUCCACUCUUUCUAGUCAAAGCAUUUUCAGAGUGGCACACUGCAGGACACAAGGACUUCAUAUUUGUUAUUAUAGGACCAACAGAAGAUGAUAGUUACACAUUAAAGUUCAAGAAUGAAAUAAAUCGGUCUGAGGGAGUCAUCUUUAUACCUGGUCUUCUAUUUGGUGAUACCCAUGCUACAAUACAAGACAGUGUAGCAGUUGUGAACACUUCCCUAAGUGAAGGAAUGUCUGGUGCAGUACUAGAGGCCAUGCACCUAGGCACCGCAGUCAUAGUUAGAGAUAUCCCUAGCAACCUUGCCGUGGUGACACACAGACAUGAUGGUUUGGUUGCCAGUUCACCAAAGGAGUUUUUGGAUUGUUUGGAGAGCCUCGUGCAGGACACAGAACUCUAUAGAAUGUUGACUGAUAAUGCCAGUGCCACCAUUGACAAGGUGCAUUCCAAUGAACAAGAGAAACAGGCCUAUGUAGGGAUGGUUAAAGACAUACUAGCAGACAAAUCAUCCCACGUUAGGAGUUAAUAUACUGCUUGGGAUUCGGAUAUAUCAUGAACUGAAGUGGAAUACUGGAACAUUUUUGAUACUCUAAACGUUUAAUAACUGGACAUAGAACACGGGGAAGAGUGCAAUAGGUGUGGUCCUUUAAUUAUUGUAUAUCAUGUUGAAAGUGUUUGUAUUAUUAGCGGGUGUUCACAUUUUAACAUUUUUAUGUCUCCACCAACAGUGAUGACAUAU